AGUAAUUAGUAAAGUCAAGAUACAGAUGCUGCAAUAUGCAGCAGACCCUCAUUUUCAGCCACAGGUACCUCUCUCUGCCUUUUCUACAAACAUGCAAUGCUCCUGCGGACCUUGAUUCACUUCUUAAAUCAUCACAUCAAGAGGAGUCAGAGAGUGCUGAUUUGAUAUUCUCUGGUCAUGCCGAAACACGAAUCAGUUGAUUCAUCAUCUGACAAGUACAAGUAUGAUGUUUUUCUGAGUUUUAGAGGUGAAGACACGCGCAAAACCUUUACGGAUCACCUGUAUACUGCUAUCGUGAAUGAAGGUUUGAUCGUAUUCAGAGAUAAUGAGGAGAUUGAGAGGGGAGAGACUAUAAAAUCUGAGUUAGAAGAAGGUAUUCAGGAGUCCAGAAGUUGGGUUGUUGUAUUCUCGGAGAAGUAUGCCUUCUCCAGUUGGUGCCUUGACGAACUUGUGAUGAUUCUCCAGUGCAAGAACAACUCAAAUCGGCUGCUACUGCCUAUUUUUUACCAUGGUCACCCAUCCGAUAUUCGUAAACAAUCUGGUUUUGUUUCUCAAGCAUUUUAUAUGCAUGAACAGAAGUUUAAGAGUGAAGUGGAUGAUACGAGAAGGAAGGAUAUGAUGGACAAAAUAAAGGGAUGGAGGACGGCUCUUGCUGAGGUUGCCAACUUAGCAGGCAUGACAUUUCCAAACGGAACAAAUGGGCAAGAAGCUGAAUUUAUCAAGGAUAUAGUCAAGUGCAUCAGUGAUAAAGUGGCUUUUAACAUCUUAAGUAUAACACCACAUCUUGUCGGAAUCAAUGCUUCAGCAGAGGCCAUAAAUUCAUGGAUAAGAAAUGGUUCCAACGAUGUGGAAGUGUUUGCACUAUAUGGUAUCGGUGGAGUGGGAAAGACGACCAUUGCAAAAUACGUUUAUAACACCAACUUUCAAUUAUUUGAAGGCGGCAGUUUCUUAGAAAAUAUAAGAGAAUACUCGGAAAGGGUGGAUGGUUUGGUUUGUUUGCAAAGACAGCUUCUUGCGGAUAUAUCAAAGGGAAACACCCCAACCAUCAACAAUCUUAAUGAUGGCAUCCGUAAGAUACAAAGAGCUGUUUGUCUUAGAAAACUGCUGAUAGUCUUGGAUGAUGUAGAUCAAGUUGAACAAUUAGAUGCAAUCUUUGGGAUGCGAGAGUGUUUUCACCCCGGAAGCAAGAUCAUCCUUACAACUCGGGAUGUAGAUUUGCUGAAAGCUCGUGAACCUUGUACAAGACAUGUUGUGGAAACACUGAAUCUUCGGGAUUCCUCGGAGCUGUUCAGCCGCCAUGCAUUCCGAGACAGUUGCCCACCAGAAUAUUACAUGGAAGACUCACAGAGGAUAUUAAAGCAAUGUGAAGGUCUUCCUUUGGCCCUAGAAGUCUUAGGUGCUUAUCUACGUGACAAGAAGGCUGAUGUUUGGAGGAGUGCGGUAGAGAAAUUAGAAGUGAUUCCUCACCACAAAAUUCAGAAAAUAUUGCAAUUAAGCUAUGAAUCUUUGGAAGACGACUAUGAUAAUAAUUUAUUCCUUGAUAUUGCAUGUUUCUUUAAUGAAGAGGCCAAGUCGCGGGUGGUCAUGAUAUUGGAUGAAUGUAAAUAUCACACAAGAAUUGGAAUUGAAAAACUUAUUGAUAGAUGUCUGUUGAAAAUUGAUAUAUUUGAAAAGCUCAGAAUGCAUUGUUUAAUUCAGAGCAUGGGUAGAGAAAUCAUACGCCAGGAAUCACCUAAGGAACCAGGGGAACGAAGUAGACUGUGGCAUCAUAAGGACUCCCUUGAAGUAUUAGAAGAUGAAACAGGAACUAGAGCAAUUGAAGGCUUAGCACUGGAAUUGAAUAGGACUGAUGUAUGUCAGGUGGAGUUGAGAACAUCAGGUUUCUCCAGGAUGCACAAGCUUAGACUACUUAAGCUUGAUAAUGUGCGGCUAAAUGGCGGUUACGAGAAGAAGUUGGAAUGGUUAUGUUGGCAUAGAUGCCCGUUAAAAGCUUUACCCAAAGGCUUUCCUUCAACCAGCCUGGUCGCAAUUGAGAUGCAAAGAAGUAAAUUGCAAAAAAUGUGUCACGGAAGCAUGCUUUUUAAAUCACUCAAGUUUCUAGAUCUGAGUCACUCCCAUGACCUCGUGAAAAGUCCAAACUUUGCCGAACUUAUUGCUCUAAAGCAAUUGAUACUCGAAGAUUGUGUGAGCUUAGGCGAGAUUGAUGAGUCUAUUGGAAUGGCUGCAGGACUUGUGUUGUUGAAUUUAAAGGACUGCGAACUUUUGAAGACACUUCCAAAGAAUAUGGGUAUGCUGAAGUCUCUAGAACUACUAAUCAUCUCAGGAUGUUCAAACCUUAAUAAGCUCCCCAUAGAGAUGAUAAACAUGGAAUCUUUAAAAUCUUUUCAUGCUGAUGGAGUUAAUUUUGGUAAUUCAAUCGCCAGAGCUCAGGAAUAUAAAUCAUGGCUAAAUUUUAUUUGGGACUGGGUUUCAACACCGAGGAGAGGUCUUCAACUCUCGUUGACUUAUUUACCGAGCAAAUCCAUUACUAAAUUGAGUUUGGUAAAUUGUAAUCUCCAUGAUGAUGAUUUUCCCAAGGAUUUUGGACACUCAGUUGAGUGCCUAGACUUGAGUAAGAACCCGAUUAGCUUUCUACCAGAUUGCUUCAAAGGUCUAAAAAGGCUCAAGAAGCUGCAGACAGAACACUGCCAGCAGCUUCAAGCACUCGAAGAUAUACCAUACAUGUUAGAGAAGAUUUAUGCCGGUGAGUGCCCAUUAUUGGAAAAAAUUACUUUCAAUGGGCCGUUUAAGUUUUAUGCUUGUCAUGUUACCGCACUGAGUUGCCAGAAACUAAUUGAGAUGGGAAGCUUGUAUAAGAUGGUACCAAUAGGAGAAAUAGACUCAAAAUUCAUUAACAGUUGUGGUAUUUUUGAUCCGGAAGGGAUGAAGAAAAUGCAGAUGAGGUUAUGGAAUAAAAUGACAGGAGAAAGAAGCUGUCCAAUUCAGGGAAUAUUUGAGGAGACGCCUUAUGGUAACAAGAUAUUCAACAUAUCUUAUCCAGGGAGCAGUGUACCGACAGGGUUCAUGACUGAACGCAAUGCAUCUUCCAUAUCCUUUACCGUAUCUGAUUCGAAACUCAGAUACUUAAACAUCUGCGUGGUCCUGAAAUAUAUAUUUAAAGAGUUCCUGGUGGUCCAUAACAGAACCAAGCACAAAAUAUUCAUAUAUCAACCAUAUUUUUGUGGCAUGACCAAAGAUGAAGAUAUGACAUGGUUAAGCCAGUAGACAAUUGGCAGUCACGAAAUGGGGCCUGGAGAUGAGGUCAAAAUAUGGGCAUGGCGGUUACAAGAUUGUAAGGCGAGAGAGAUUGGUGUCAGUCUUGUGUACGAAGAGCAAGAAGAUGUAGGUGUCGGUUCCAGUCAUCAAAUUUGCGAGUAUGUCAUUCCGGGGGAAGCAGAUGAACAAGUAUACUACCUUGGUAACCUAUAUAAAAGGGGUCGCGCUCCUAGAUGGAAAGAACAAUUUGAUGACAUAGUGAGGGAAACGCUGCAGUGAGCACGACUUGUUGUUUGAUGACAACUCUUCUCUCUCCAGUCUCCACAUGUACUCACUAUUUAAUAUGUAACUAAAACAAAGUAUUAUUGAAGAUAGUUAAACCUCAAACCAAAUAUAGUUAAGGUCACAGUUGAUGCGGCUAUCUUUAAAGAUCGUGAGGAAGUAGGUUUUGGUCUUAUUGCUAGAGGUUCAGAAGGAGCUCUUAGCCAAGCAAAAGCUAGCAAUCAUCCAUCAGAGACUAGUCACUCCAACAAUGGCUGAGGCUACGGUAGUUAAAGAAGCAUUAAGAUGGAUUGAUGUAAUGAACUGGCCAAAGGUUAUUCUGAAGUUGUGGUUCAAGCGAUUUGCAGUAAAACCUCGAUAUCUCAUUUUGGGUUGAUCAUUGAGGAGUGUCGUAGGCUCCUCACUCAGUUGUGCACUCCUCUCUCACAAUUAGCUGGCAUUGAAUAGGAGUUAAUUUUUAAAUCCCCGGAAGCAAUGUCAUAGGAUGCAAGUCGUCGGCCAGGACAGAGAAAAUAGAAAAGUCCUCGAAUGAACACAACAUCUUCGCCACAAGGACAGAAGAAACAUUGUUGAAAAUCAAAUUGAGUAGUCGUCCAGUGUGCAUCACCAUGACGAAAAAUACCCACGGUGCACUAUUAGAAUUAACAACAAAAAGAGCUAAAAAGACACAAUCUGAAGAAACAGGGCAGGUGGAGAAGCUGUCAAGCAAUUAAAAUUCCAAUCCGGAGGGACGUUAGGAUGGUGAAACUGAGGGAGUGUAAAGGAUGUAUUAUCUAGAAUGGAGACAAUCAAAAAAUGGUAUGCAAAUAUUGCGGCUCAUAAGCUUGCUAGGGAGUCACUGUAACUUUGCAGAACUCAUGGCUCUAGAGCAAUUCAUACUCGAAGAUUGUGUGAAUUUAGUCGAGAUUGAUGAGUCUAUUGGAAUGGCUGCUGGACUUGUGCUGUUAGAUUUAAAGGACUGCAAACUUUUGAAGACGCUUCCAAAGAAUAUUGGCAUGCUGAAGCUUCUGGAAACACUAAUCAUCUCAGGAUGUUCAAGCCUUGAUAAGCUUCCCUCGGAGAUGAAAAGCAUGGAAUCUUUAAAAGCUUUCCAUGCUGAUGGAAUUGAUUUUGGUAAUCCAAGCAAAAGAACUCAGGAAAGUAAAUCCUGGCGAGAUUAUGUCUGGGGCUGCGUUCCAACACCGAGAAUAGGUCCUCAACUCUGGUUGACUUCUUUACCAGGCAAAUGCAUUACUAAAUUGAGUUUGGAAAAAAUGCAAUCUCCAUGAUGAUGAUUUUCCCAAGGAUUUAUUUUGGGGACACUCAGUUGAGGACCUAAACUUGAGUCAUAACCCAAUUAAGUUCUUACCAGAUUGCUUUAAAGGUCUCAAAAGGCUCAAGAUUCUCCGAAUAAAUUACUGCAAGCAGCUUCAAGCAUGUUAAAGUUCAUUAGAGCCAGUAUGUGUCAAUUAUUGGAAAAAAUAACGUUCAUUGGGUCGUUUAAAUUUUCUACUACUUCUUGCAUUCAGAUCCAAGAAACUAAUUGAGAUGGGAGGCUUGUAUAAGAUGGUACCUAUCAGAGAAAUAGACUCAAAAAUCAUUAACAGUUGUGGUAUUUAUGAUUUGGAAGGGAUGAAGAAUAUGCAUAUGAUGUUAAACAGUAUGUGCUCAGGAGUCAGACAAGGCCCAAUCCAGGUGGUAUAAUGAUGGAGUUGUUUUUAACAAUUUACAUUUACACAAUUAUAAGAAUUUACUCGAAUAUUAUUGCAUGUAAUCCGGCACUUGUCAAAAGUGUCAGA